AUGUUGAGCGCCUCCUCGUCAUUAUUGAGAUCUUCUCUAAGAACUGCAGCCAAGUCCGGCUUGCAAUUACGUUGCUUCUCCCAUUUACCCCUUUCUGUUCCAAUCAAGUUGCCAAAUGGGUUAGAGUACGAACAACCUACAGGUUUGUUCAUCAACAACAAGUUUGUUCCAUCUGUUGAAAAAAAGACUUUUGAAGUUAUUAACCCAUCUACUGAGGAAGAAAUCUGUCAUGUCUAUGAAGGUAGAGAAGAUGAUGUAGGGAUUGCUGUUAGUGCUGCUGACACUGCCUUUAACAAUGGGUCUUGGUCUAAUAUUGAACCUUCUUACAGAGCCAAUUGUUUAUUGAACUUGGCCAAUUUCAUCGAACAAGAUAAAGAAUUGAUUGCUUCUAUUGAAACUUUAGAUAACGGUAAAGCCAUCAACAAUGCUCGUGGUGAUGUCCAAGUUGUUAUUAAUUACUUGAAGUUCGCUGCUGGUCAAGCGGAUAAGAUGGGUGGUCGGUUGAUUAAUACUGGUGAUCAAUAUCUAAACUUUGCCAAGAGAGAACCUCUUGGUGUUUGUGGUCAAAUCAUUCCAUGGAAUUUCCCAUUAUUAAUGUGGGCUUGGAAAGUUGGUCCUGCCUUGGCUACUGGUAACACUGUUGUUAUGAAGACUGCUGAAUCCACUCCAUUAUCUGCCUUGUACGUUUCUCAAUAUAUUCCAAAAUCUGGUAUCCCACCUGGUGUUUUCAACAUUGUCUCUGGUUUCGGUAAGAUUGUCGGUGAAGCCAUCACUAAUAACCCAAAGAUUAAGAAGAUUGCCUUCACUGGUUCUACCGCCACUGGUAAACAUAUCUAUAUGAAUGCUGCUUCUCAAUUGAAGAAGGUCACUUUGGAAUUGGGUGGUAAAUCUCCAAAUAUUGUCUUCGCCGAUGCUGAUUUGAAAAUGGCUGUUCAAAGCAUUAUCAAUGGUAUCUAUUAUAACUCUGGUGAAGUUUGUUGUGCUGGUUCAAGAGUUUAUGUUCAAGAAGAAAUCUAUGAUCAAUUGUUAGAAGAAUUGAAGAACGCUGCUGAAAACGUUAAAGUUGGUGAUCCAUUCUCUGAAAGCACUUUCCAAGGUGCUCAAACUUCUCAAAACCAAUUGUCCAAGAUUUUAAGUUAUGUUGAAAUCGGUAAGAAGGAAGGUGCUACUUUGAUCACUGGUGGUGAAAGAUUAGGUUCCAAGGGUUACUUCAUCAAGCCAACCAUCUUUGGUGAUGUUAAAGAAGAUAUGCAUAUUGUUAAGGAAGAAAUUUUCGGUCCAUUCGUCACUGUCUCCAAGUUUAAGACUUUGGAUGAUGUUGUUAAGAUGGCCAACGAUUCUGAAUAUGGUUUAGCUGCUGGUAUUCACACUAGUAACAUCAACACUGCUAUCAAGGUUGCUGACCAAGUUAAAGCCGGUACUGUUUGGAUCAAUACUUACAACGAUUUCCACCACCAAGUCCCAUUCGGUGGGUUCAAUGCUUCCGGUUUAGGUCGUGAAAUGGGUUUGGAAUCUUUUGAAGGUUACUUACAAACCAAGGCUGUUCGUGCCAGAUUAUACUAA